UUUCAAUUGUCAAGUGAUUGUAUUUAACCACAAUUUCUUCUCAUCUCUAAAGUCAGCAUCAAUGGCUCCGAAAGCGGCAGAGAAGAAACCGGCUGGGAAGAAGCCAGCAGAAAAAGCUCCGGCAGAGAAAUUACCAAAGGCGGAGAAGAAGAUCACCAAGGAAGGUGGAAGCGAAAAGAAGAAGAAGAAAUCGAAGAAGAACAUCGAGACGUACAAGAUCUACAUCUUCAAGGUUCUGAAACAAGUUCAUCCUGAUAUCGGAAUCUCCGGGAAAGCGAUGGGGAUCAUGAACAGUUUCAUCAACGACAUCUUCGAGAAACUAGCUCAGGAAUCAUCGCGAUUGGCUAGGUACAACAAGAAACCGACGAUCACUUCUCGGGAAAUUCAGACGGCGGUGAGACUUGUGUUGCCUGGAGAGCUCUCGAAACACGCUGUUUCUGAAGGCACUAAGGCGGUUACUAAAUUCACUAGCUCGUAGGGUUUAUAUCUCUUAAUUCUCUUUCCGCCUUUCGAAUCGUUUAGGUGUUAUCGCUUUCUUCUACAUCUUUGGUGGUAAAUCUUUGAAUGAAAAGUUUCCUUUGUUAAUGAAUAUCGUUUUCUUCAUAAGAACAAAAAAUUAUUUGAUCGGUGAUCAAUAUCUUCUUCCGUUUCUGAGGGUUUUUUGGCCUUUUUUUCUAUCCAUAACUCUUUUGGUUCUUCACGAUUCCACUAAUUUGGUGGGGAGCAACACUAGUUAUAUUUUGCAGAGAUUUGUGGGCACAAUGGUAAAUCAUAUACUUGAGUAAUUAUGUUAAAGAAUGUUUCACUUUAACAAAAUCAUACUGAUCCAUUUGGUUUUAUCUUAAUCCCUUGAUUUAAUCACUUCAUGGUGAUUUCUAACUGUGUUUAGUGAUGACGAUGUUGAUGAUUGAUGUUUAAGGUUUUCACUUUUCAGUGAACAAACGUUACAACUGGG